AUGUCGCCGCAAGACUACGAAUUCGCGCCCCAGAUCAAGCUCCAGGAGUCGCCUGCCAACCCCCAGUACCAGUCCGCUGCCGUUUCCGCGUCCUCGGUGCCCAACUACAAUGCUCCCGGUUCUCAGCGCACCAUCUCCAACACCCCGCUUGGUCUAGCCGACAUUCGUCCUCGAGCCGACUCGAGCAUGUCUGAUGGCGCUCCAGCUAACAUUGGAGGAUACGACUCAGCCGUCGCGCAACCUGGAACGAGCAAUUAUCUGGCUCCCUGGGCUAUUUACGCCUUUGACUGGUGUAAAUGGCCACCUCAGGGCAACGGUGCUGGCAAGCUGGCUGUGGGGAGCUAUCUUGAGGAUGGCCACAACUUUAUCCAAAUCCUCGAUAGUCACAUCGUUCAAACUCCCCAGGACGUCUACACGCCAGGCACAUCCAAGUACAGCCUCGACUUCACCAAAGUGGCCGAAGCCACCCACUCUUACCCCGUGACUCGAUUGUUGUGGGAGCCGCCCUCUUCUCAGAAGCAGUCUACUGACCUGCUUGCGACUUCGGGCGACCACCUGCGUCUAUGGUCUCUGCCCAACGAGAAUCCUUCAACUCCUAGCAACACGAUUGGCCGACGUGACAAUGCCGUCACCAAGUUGACGCCGCUUGCUCUGUUAUCCAACUCAAAGACACCAGACCACACCGCACCACUCACGUCACUCGACUGGAACACCGUCUCCCCAAGUCUCAUUAUUACGUCUAGCAUAGAUACGACAUGUACUAUCUGGGAUAUUCCCUCGCUCACCGCAAAGACUCAACUCAUUGCCCACGAUAAGGAGGUCUACGAUGUGCGGUUCUGCGCUAAGAGCGUAGACGUAUUUGUUAGCUGUGGUCAGGACGGAAGCGUUCGCAUGUUUGACUUGCGAAGCUUGGAGCAUUCGACCAUCAUCUAUGAACCCACCGGCAAGGAGGAGAGAGACCCCAACGGUGGUCGAAUCAGCCCAACGCUGGCCCAGCAGACAAUGGCAAACCCUCCACCUUUGCUACGACUUGCUACCUCACCACACGACACUCAUCUCCUCGCUACGUUUGCUCAAGACUCCAACACGAUUCGCAUCUUGGACGUUAGACAGCCAGGCCAGGCCCUGCUCGAACUCCGCGGUCACGGUGGAGCUAUCAACUGCAUCGAAUGGUCGCCUCUACGGCGGGGUAUGCUUGCUUCUGGUGGUGACGACUGUCAGGUUCUCCUUUGGGAUCUCCUCAGCUCCAACAACCAUGGAUCUCAGCCUAUGAACGGCGCGCCUCAACAGGAUAACCCUAGAAGCCCUGUGGCCAGCUGGCAAUGCGACUACGAGGUUGGAAAUCUCGGCUGGGUGCCUCAUCUGCCCAACUCGGACUGCGGCGAGUGGCUUGGAGUGAGUGCUGGACGUGGCAUCUGGGGAACUCGAGUCAUGUAA